GCCAGAUCCUACCCACAGCUCAACGGCUGCUGGAUGAGCUGCUGUCCUCUCAGUCCACUGCCAUUAACACCGUGUGUGGAGCUCCAGACCCGACAGCAGGCCCUUCGGCAUCUGACCAAAGCACCUGGUAUUUAGAUGAGUCUACCCUCAGCGACAACAUCAAAAAGACUCUGCACAAGUUCUGUGGGCCCUCACCUGUCGUCUUUAGUGAUGUAAACUCCAUGUACCUUUCGUCCACGGAGCCGCCAGCCGCUGCUGAGUGGGCGUGCCUGCUGCGACCUCUGAGGGGCCGAGAGCCAGAAGGCAUCUGGAACCUUCUGUCCAUUGUCAGGGAGAUGUUCAAGAGACGAGACAGCAAUGCAGCCCCACUGCUUGAAAUUCUCACUGAACAGUGCCUCACCUAUGAACAGAUCAUCAGCUGGUGGUACAGUGUACGGACCUCAGCGUCCCACAGCAGUGCCAGCGGCCACACCGGGCGCAGCAACGGCCAGUCAGAGGUGGCAGCUCAUGCCUGUGCCAGCAUGUGUGAUGAAAUGGUGGUGCUAUGGAGGCUGGCAGUGCUCGACCCCACUAUGAGCCCCUGCAGGCGUCUGGAACUGGCAGGACAGCUCAAGCAGUGGCACCUCAAAGUUAUAGACAUAGUGAAGCGGGGACAACAUCGCAAGUCCCUGGAUAAACUGUUCCAGGGCUUCAAGCCUGCUGUUGAGUCCUGCUAUUUCAACUGGGAAGUGGCCUACCCAUUGGAUGGCAUCACCUACUGCAGUGCUGAUAAGAAGAGUGCCACAUUCUGCUGGUCCAGGGCAGUGCAGCACCAGAGAGGAGUCAAAGCUGCUACAGGAGUGGGUGGGGAACCUCCUGAAGCAGGGGGAGCGGGUAGAGCUGAAGGAGGAGCUGGGGGAGAUUAUAAAGGAAGAGGAAGUGGUCACUCGUCUCAACAGGAGGUGGCAGUGCGACCCAAGGAGACCAUACUGACCAAGAGAAAGGGUCUGUCAGUGAGCGGAGGGGGAGGGAUGCUGGUCCGUCUGGCCGGGAGUGUUUCAUUGUCCUUGGAAGAUGGAGGAGGGAAGUGCAUGUAUAAAGGGCCAGGCUCCUCCUCUGGAGGGAAGCUGAAACUGACACAGGGAGGUGGGAAGGGGGCACCUGUGGGAGGCCCUGGAGCAAGUGGGUUAGGAGGAGGUAAGCAUAAUAGUGCCAAGCGAAGAACCAGCAGUGAGGACAGCUCCCUGGAGCCGGAUCUGGCAGAGCUCAGUCUGGAUGAUGGUUGCAGUCUGGCUCUGGGGGCUGAGGCCUCCAAUACAUUUGAGUUUCUCCCCCCGCCACCAGAGAUGCUGCCCUCCCCAAGCCCACUGCUCCGAGACUCACGCAAAUACAGCAACAGCGGCGGGGGGAGCAAGAUGUUUGAAACGAAGCGUGUCAGCCAUGCCUCAGCUGCACUUCCUGCUGCAGAGCCUGCUCCACCUUGCUUCCCUUCCAAAGAGACAGUGUUGGUUGUUAUGGACAUGCCCAGCGCUGCAGAGAAGGAAGGAGCAGAGCUGGAGGUAGAGCCUGUCCAGAACAAAGAUGAAGAUGUAGACUCGGCUGGCAGCAACCAGCCUUCCACCUCAACGGCUACAGCAAGAUCAGGUACCACUCAAACAUCUGCAAAGCUACCGCGGGGCCGUAGAGAAGGGGUGUUUGCUGGAGCAGCAGCAGGGAGUGGGGCAGCAGCUGCAGGUGGACUAACUAACCAAGGAGCAGAGGCAGCAGGUGGAGUUGCAGAAGGAGAAGUUGUGGGUGAGGACGACUAUCAGGCAUACUACCUGAGUGCUGCCUCAGAGGAGGGAGCAGACAGACAGCUGACUGACAACCACCAGGAGGAGGAGCCAGACAUUUUUGCAGGGAUGAAACCGCUGGAGCAGGAGGGACGCAUGGAGGUGCUGUUUGCGUGUGCUGAGGCCCUCCAUGCUCAUGGCUACAGUAACGAGGCGUGCCGGCUGGCCGUGGAGCUGGCUAGAGACUUGUUAGCCAACCCUCCAGACCUGAAAGUGGAGCAGCCACAGACUAAGGGUAAGAAGAGCAAGGUGUCAACGAGCCGUCAGACACAGGUAGCCACCAAUACGCUGUCAAAAGCCGCCUUUCUCCUCACUGUUCUCAGUGAACGACUGGAGCUCCACAACCUGGCCUUCAGCACUGGCAUGUUCUCCCUGGAACUCCAAAGACCACCGGCAUCUACCAAAGCUCUGGAGGUGAAGCUGGCCUACCAGGAGUCAGAAGUGGUGGCUCUGUUGAAGAAGAUUCCUCUGGGCCUGGUGGAGAUGUCGGCUAUCAGAGAGAGAGCUGAGCAGCUCAGAGAUGGAAACUUCUGUGAUUAUAGACCUGUGCUGCCCCUCAUGUUGGCCAGUUUCAUCUUUGAUGUACUGUGUACGCCAGUUGUGUCCCCAACAGGUUCCCGUCCACCAAGUCGCAACCGUAACAAUGAGAUGCCUGGUGAUGAGGAGCUGGGCUUCGAGGCUGCUGUUGCUGCACUUGGUAUGAAGACCACAGUAAGUGAGGCGGAGCAUCCUCUGCUGUGUGAAGGAACUAGGCGGGUGAAAGGUGAUCUGGCUCUGGCUCUCAUGAUCACCUAUAAAGAUGACCAGAGCAAGCUAAAGAAGAUACUUGAUAAAUUGUUGGACAGGGAGAGUCAGACCCACAAGCCCCAGACUCUAAGCUCCUUCUACUCCAGCAAGCCAGCUGCUAGUAGCCAGCGCAGCCCAUCCAAACACACUGUUGCCAGCCACAGUGGGGUGAGCGGGGCCACCGGGGGUGUCUCCAAACAUGCCCCCACAUCUUCAUCUGCGACCACUGGGCCGCCCUCUUCCUCUGCUGUGACAGUGGCUGGUGAAGAGGUUGCUCAUCAGGCUGAACUGAACCCAGUGCAGAACAAUACAGCAGGAGAGAGCGCUGCUGAGAACAGGGAGCAUGUGUCAGAUGGACCUCCUUCAUCAAGUGACCAGCAGAAUGACACAGCUCCAUUUAAGCUGGAAUCCACAGUGCCAAGUCGGCUGGCGCUGGGGGCGCGCUGUGGAUACAGCCAGCGCUGCUGGGGCUCACCUGUCCGGCAGAAGAAGAAACACACGGGCAUGGCGAGUAUUGACAGCAGUGCCCCUGAGACAACUUCAGACAGUUCCCCUACCCUCAGCCGGCGGCCGCUCCGGGGUGGCUGGGCAGCAACAUCUUGGGGGCGGGGCCAGGACAGUGACAGCAUCAGCAGUUCAUCGUCUGAUUCACUCGGCUCCUCCUCCUCUAGUGGCUCUCGGAGGGCAGGUGGCGGGGCCAGAGCUAAGAACACCGACACCAGCAGGUACAAAGGGCGACGUCCAGAGUGCCACGCCCCCCAUGUACCCAACCAGCCAUCAGAGGCAGCAGCCCAUUUUUACUUUGAGCUGGCCAAGACUGUGCUGAUCAAAGCCGGAGGAAACUCCUCCACCUCCAUUUUCACCCAGCCUUCAGCCAGUGGGGGACACCAAGGGCCCCACAGAAACCUGCACCUCUGUGCCUUUGAGAUUGGCCUCUAUGCUCUUGGCCUCCACAACUUUGUCUCACCCAACUGGCUGUCUAGGACCUACUCCUCCCAUGUGUCGUGGAUCACCGGUCAGGCCAUGGAGAUUGGCAGUGCUGCCCUCAACAUUUUGGUGGAGUGUUGGGACGGUCACCUCACUCCUCCAGAGGUGGCAUCCCUUGCUGACCGAGCAUCACGAGCCAGGGACCCCAACAUGGUACGGGCAGCAGCAGAGCUGGCCCUGAGCUGUCUGCCCCACGCUCAUGCCCUCAAUCCUAAUGAAAUCCAGAGAGCCCUAGUGCAGUGCAAAGAGCAGGAUAAUGUGAUGCUUGAGAAGGCCUGCAUGGCAGUUGAGGAAGCAGCCAAGGGUGGAGGUGUGUACCCUGAGGUUCUGUUUGAGGUGGCUCACCAGUGGUAUUGGCUGUAUGAGCAGUCAGUAGGCGGGGGCGCAGGCCAGCAGCGGGAGACUUCUGGGCGCUGUGGGGCCAACGGGGGCUCAGGCAGGAGGGCCCCGGAGUCCAGCUGUGUUGUCCUUGACACAGGAGCCAAUAUGGAGUCUACAGGGGUGGCAACAGUCACAGCCUCAGUCACUGCAGCAGCCGUUGUACCUGUCAUCUCUGUGGGCUCCACCAUCUACCAGUCCCAUGCCAUGCCCGGGCAGGCCAUGGCUCACCCCCACAGCCAGGGCCUCCACCCCUACACCACCAUUCAGGCUCAUCUCCCAACUGUCUGCACCCCCCAGUACCUUGGACACCCUCUGCAGCAUGUUCCCCGACCCACUGUCUUCCCUGUAGCUGGGGCUGCGUAUCCACAGGGAAUGCACCCGGCCUUUAUUGGUGCCCAGUACCCGUUCUCAGUGGCCACUGGCCCCCAGCCACCUAUGGCAGCCACAGCUGUGACCUUCCCUGGUGUCCCCGUCCCAUCCAUGACUCAGAUUGCCGUCCAUCCCUACCAUGCUGAGACUGGCCUGCCCCUCAGCACUACUGUAGCAGUAGGCAGCGUCCACUCGGGCCCCACCAUGCAGGCCAUACAGGGAGCAUCACUGCCCUCCCUUUCCUCCCAGCCCAGCUCAUUGGUCAGCACUCCUUUCCCAGCAGAGGACGAGCAGCAUAGCCAGCCAAUCAGCCAACAGGGCCUGCACUACCUGCACUCUGCCUACAGAGUUGGCAUGCUGGCAUUAGAGAUGCUGGGCAGGAGGGCUCACAAUGACCACCCAAACAACUUCUCCAGGAGCCCACCUUACACGGAGGAUGUCAAAUGGCUGCUGGGACUGGCUGCGAGGCUAGGAGUCAACUAUGUUUACCAGUUCUGUGUCGGAGCAGCAAAAGGUGUCCUCAGUCCAUUCGUCCUUCAGGAAAUCAUCAUGGAGGCUCUGCAGAGGCUGAACCCCGCUCAUAUCCAUGCCCACCUUCGAACACCUGCUUUCCACCAGCUCGUCCAGCGCUGCCAACAGGCCUACCUGCAGGUAUGACUCCUCUACAUCUUCAUUGAACUCAUAAAGGCUUAGAUGGCAGUGGCACCUCCAGAAUUUUUUGCUAUGGGUGGCCAGAUGUGGCCACUGAAAAUCUUAGGGUGGCACACCAAAACCAAAAGCAGUAAUGAAAUUUCAGGAAUUUGAUAAUGCUGUUGUAGUAUAUAGGCUAGCUGAAACCAUGUCAACAUGGAGAGAUAAUAAAUGGCAUACUGA